CUGCACCACACCUGACGCUGUCUUCUCUUUGCAAACGCUGUCCCGUGGCCAGCGUCCACACGUCGUUACCAACGUGUCUCGACGAACAAAGAGAUCCCAUUGUCGCUGUUUGUAAGACCCCUUACCAUAUCCCAUAUAACUACGACUCUCUCCCCCAAAAUGAACAUUCCUAACCAGACCCAGAACAGCUUCAAGUCGCUUACAAUGGGCCGCGGCGGCUACGACCACACGGGCAUCGCGCCCAAUGCACCCGGAUACAUCGCUACUCAUCCACCACGCUAUGCCAUGACGACUGCAGCAGCACCAGUGCAGUAUACGCCAGUCAAUGUCGCUGCUCCUGUAUCGUAUGGGCCCGUGUACGCUCCGAUGCAGCCAAUGAUGGCCCAGCAAGCAAUGAUGCAGCAGUACCAGACUGCAGCUGCGCCAAUGGCACCAACAACAGGAUAUCAGAUGUAUCAGCAAACCCAGGUACCUUUGAUUCAACAGCCACAGAUUCAGCAACAGCCGCUUCAGCAACAGCAGCAGAUCCAACAGGCCAAUGCGAAUCCAUACUUUUACACGUCAAUGACGCCAGGGACAAUCAAUCCGCAACUCUUAUGUACCGGUGGAUCGUUCAAUGGCCAGGCCAUGUAUCAAAUUGCUCCAAGUGGUGGGAUCCAGGGAGGAGUGAUAGGUCCCCAAGGAAAAUAGGCGACGAAACUGAUGCGAUUGGAACUCUAAAAAGACUUAUUUUGUCAUUCAUGGCUGUGUUAUAUAAAAAUGAAGAGUAUUAUCCAAUUCACUUGUUCCUACACAGCCAAUCCAGGCAGCAAGCGGUAUUGGACAUACCUUGCUUGUGCAUACAUG